AUGACAGAUGAAAAUAUCGAAGAACUCGCACCAUCGGAUUUAGGUACACUUGAUUAGUAAGUAUUAAGUACGUACCGUAUUCGUAAAUGUGAAACACUCGAUAAGCAUUACUUUAUGUCACGAUUAUGUUACAGUUGGGAAAGGACUUAUUCGGAUGAUCUUAAUAACUUUAAGGAAUACGGAGACGUGGGUGAAAUAUGGUUUGGUAAAAGCAAUACACUGAAAGUUGUACGUUGGAUUCACACGCAGCUGAAACUUAACAAAAAUGAUAAAAUAAUCGAUAUAGGAUGCGGGAACGGGAUGACAUUGGUUGAACUUGUGAAACAAGGUUUUGAACUGUUGCUGGGUAUAGAUUAUUCAGAAAAAGCAGUUGAUUUAGCUCGUGAAAUACUAACAGAGAAUAAUAUGCCACACGUCGAGCUGAAAGUUUGCGACAUACUCGAUCCCGAUCAUUUCGAUUUGCCCACUGACUUCAAAUUAGCGCAUGACAAAGGAACUUACGACGCCAUCAGCUUGAAUCCAGAAAAUCCUGCGUCGAAACGGCAAAAGUAUAUAGAAAAUGUUCACAGAAUUCUGUUGCCUUCUGGCUACUUAGUUUUAACUUCAUGUAACUGGACCAAGGAAGAAAUAGAGAAACAUCUUCAAAAU